AUGAUUGUGAUAGGGAAGGCUUGGGGUGGUAACGAAAGCAGCAAGGGCUACUUAAGUAGCUCCUGUGCUUCUUCUGUCUCGGAAGAAGGUGUGAAGGUGAGGAAUCAAAAGGCGGCUUCCGCCUCCGACGUUUGCUCCGGGGAAACACUCACUUCAGUGGUGGGUUUAGGCCAGGGAACGAAGAAGAAAUGGAGGAUGAAAGGGGGAAAGGCAAAAGCGAUCUCCACAGUCUUCAAGGGGGUGGGGGGGGGGGGGGGGGAGUUCAGUGACUACGAUCGACAUGUGGAAAGGGUGGAGCAACAAGGGGUUGUUGCCUCGAAGUCUCGUUGGAAUUGGCCAUCACCCGAAGGAGAAGACAUGCGAAUUAGAAGAGGCAGCUGCCUCCUGUUCUUCUUGAUGGCAAUAACAAAAUUGAAUGAAAAGAAGGGUGUUUGGAGCUGGUUUAUCUCAUCAAAGCUUUGGGUGUGA